GAAAAAAGGGAAGCUACGACAAAGGUUCGUUGUACACGCUUCGCACUUGCCAGUUUUGGCUGACCUGGCGAUUUCUCCCCCCACCGUUCCACUACUCUACCGCCACACUGCUACACUGCUGCACUACUACACGGCUCCCCCUCUCCGCCGCUUCACCGCUCCAUUCUUCUUCCGCGGUAACCGCGCUCGCCGCCGCAGCGCAGGUUCCAUUUUCCUCUGAAGCUCCCCCCCCGUGUGGCGUUCGCAAUGGAUAAAGCCAACAGCGAGGUGGACGACUGGACGGAGUGGCUGAACGACGAGGAGGAGAAAAGAGAAGACUUUAACCUCGACUCAACGGGGAAGGAUGAAGCGCUGAAGAAAAAAAUUUUGCAAAACAACGUAGACGAUAUAGCAGACUUCCUAGGGAUGGACGAUGAUGAUGAGGAGGAGAAAAAAAAAAAAAAAAAAAAUGAACAAGGUGAUGCCCCAGCUAAGAGUAAGCAGCAAGAAAAAAUUAUAACGUUGGAGAGCACCCCGCUGAAUUCUAUAAAGGACUGUGAGACUCUGGGAGAAAUUUUGGCAGCGAGAAUACACGAAAGUAAAGCGAAGAGUGUGGCCAUAGAAAGGCUGCUUUCCAUUAUCCUCCCUGCGUGCGAGGUGAAGCUGGAAGAUAAGGAGCUGCAAAGCAUCAACCGCAAGAUGCAAGAGCUCAUCGAAAAGAGGGAGAAGAAGAAAAGGUAUGCACUCAUAAAUAAAAAGAAGCCCAAUGAGGUGAGGAACGCUCUGAAGAAUUAUAAGGAUGAGGUGGACAUGAUUUAUGGCGACUUGUCCUACGACGAGGAGGACUACGAGAAUGAGGACGCGGAGGACUUCGCCGAGGAGUACUAGCGAGGCGCU